AAGAUGAUGACAACUUUUACUCCAAGGAAGAGGAAACGACAUGCUCUGAAUGCUGAUAAUGGUGAUAGCCUAUUAACAGAUACUUCAUCAAGCAAAUUAAAUUUAAGCCUUUCUGAAAAUCUAUUUCCAUCACCUAGUAAAAAACAUACUUAUCAAAGCAGUGAUCAAAUGGAAGGAAAGUCUUGCUCCUACCAAGACCAUUUCACUUCAAGUCCUCUCAAAAUAAUGGAAAAUAAUAGGUUGUCAUUUUCAAACUACAGUUCACUAUUUAAAUCCACUGUGUCAACUGUAUCUUUCUACAAUAAAAAUAAGCAAUACCUCAAUCCACUGGAGAGGAAGUUGAUAAGAGAAUGUAGGUCUAUUUGUUUAGCAACUAAAAAUGAAGAUAAAUCUUUUCCUAGUGUGUCAGAAAAACAGAGAAAACCAGUCUAUACCAAGAAGAACAAAAAAACACAGAAGAGUUUAACUGCUAAAUAUCAGCCAAGUUAUAAGCACGUCAAGUCUUUAUCAAGAAACCCUAAAAAUUCCAAGCCAAAUCAAAUGAGCUAUAAGCCAGCUGUAAAUAAAGAGAAUAGUUGUUAUCCAGCAGAAAAUCAUCCAAACACUCCUCCUCGGGUUCUAAGCCAGAAAAUAAAACCACAAGUUACACUCCAGGGUGGAGCAGCAUUUUUUCUUAAGAAAAGAAAAACUCUUAAAAAAUCAUCCCUGGAAGAUGAGUCAUUACCAAUACACUUAGAUAAAACUGAAGCAGAGAUGACUGAAGAUGCUGUCCUGGAGGCAAAGCAAGUCCCAAAGUCCUUGUUUGUGGAAGAGAAAUUGAAUGUUGAGCUACUGGAUGCACAAAGUAAAAACGAAAAGCCGAAAAAGAAUUCCUCAGAUGCUGUAGUUUCUUCAAAAGAAUAUAAACUUGAUAAACAUAAUUUGCCUUCAGAGAAUUCACUUGAUGAGAACAAGACAAUUUCUCCUGAGUCAGUCAUCUAUCCCAUCUUCAGUGUUUCUUCAGUGAACACAAAAAGAUCUCCACCUGAAGAACAGUCUUCUAUGGGAUCCACUGCAUGCACUUAUGUCUUGAAACAGACAAUUGUGCAGAAAAAUAUGAAUUCCAGAGAUACAACUAAAGGAGGAAAAGCCCAGUUUGUCAUUGACGCAGGUCAGAAACAUUUUGGGACGACUAUAUGUAAGUCUUGUGGCAUGAUCUAUACUGCUUCCAACCCUGAAGACGAAGUGCAACAUCUCCAGCAUCACCACAGGUUUCUGGAGGGAAUUAAAUAUGUGGGCUGGAAGAGAGAACGGGUAGUAGCAGAGUUUUGGGAUGGAAAGAUUGUAUUGGUCCUGCCACAGGAUCCAAGUUAUGCCAUCAAAAAGGUAGAAGAUGUCCAAGAACUUGUGGAUCUGGAAUUGGGCUUCCAUCAGAUUGUUCCCAAGUGUCCAAACAAAACCAAAACUUUCCUCUUUAUUGAUGAAAAGAGAGUAGUGGGAUGUUUAAUAGCGGAGCCUAUCAAACAGGCCUUUCGUGUCCUUUCGGAACCAAGUGCCACUAAAGAAUGUUCUAGAGCUUGGCGGUGUUCAGAUGUACCAGAACCUGCAAUCUGUGGAAUAAGUAGAAUCUGGGUCUUCAGGUUGAAAAGACGAAAGCGCAUUGCAAGACGACUGGUAGACACUGUCAGGAACUGCUUCAUGUUCGGUUGUUUUCUCAACACUAAUGAAAUUGCAUUUUCUGACCCAACACCAGAUGGCAAAUUAUUUGCAACCAAGUACUGCAACACCCCUAAUUUCCUUGUAUAUAAUUUUCAUAGCUAAAGACCUUUGUAACCACAAACAGGUACUGUGUGGAGAAGUUCAGCUUGAAACUAAUUAAUAUCAGAAUGAAAAUUAUAAGACUUGUACAUGUUACCAGUUUUACUUAUAUGUUAGAGA